AAUUACUUCAUACUUUCAUUUCAUUGUUAUUUUGUGUUAUAAUUUCUUUCAAAUUUAUCAUCUAUAGUCAUUAUAUAUUUACACGAUUUAGACGAUUAUUGAUCAUUGUAUUGCAGUUGUCUAAUAAUUUUCACUGAGUAAAAUACCACAUGUACUUGUAGUCAUCCACAGCUUCCCUACUACCGAGCUGCUCUCUAAAUAUUAAAAUGAAGAAAAAAGAAAGUUUAGAAAAUGAGGACCUCACUCAACUCAUCCAGGAUGCUGUUCUUAACCUUUGCACUCAGCACGUCAGCUUUGGCAAAGUCCUUGAGAUAGAUGGCAUUAUAGUAGUUUCACCUGGUGACAAGAACUUCAGAGAAGUUGUCGUAAAAAUGCAUCGAACAAUUCUAAAAUCUGAUAAAACCUCACAUAGAACAGUAGAAAAACAAACAAAAUCACCUGGUAAAAGAGGUCGUCCUAAAAAAGUGACUGCUAGCAUGGAUAAUGGUGAAGACAAAGCAGCCGAGGAACACAAAGAACAUGCAGAUUAUCAAACUGCAGCAACCCGUACUAAAUGUAACAAAAGAUCUCAACCUGAUGGAGAAACAGACAAAACUGAGAAUGCAACUAAAGUUCCAAGAACUGAAAUCAUUGACUCUCAAAUUGAACCAGAAGAAUCAGAAGCUGAUGUUUCUAAAGCUGAGGAUGACCAAAUUAUGUUGGGACAUGUGGAAAAUGAACAGACUGAAGCAGUUACUGUUGAGGCAGAAGAUGGUGCUGAAGUACAUGUAGGUAUUGGAUGGAUAGAAGAUGAUCCCAACAAAACAAUGGAUGAGGUAGAACUUAAUGACAGCAUAGAUGACUCAGUUUACACAGAUAUUGUUAACAACGCAAAUUUUGAAUAUGAAUACGGACCUGAAGAGCUUCCUGCGGGAGAGGAUCCUUAUAAGAGAACUGUAGAAGACACCGUGGAAGAUGAUAACAUUGGAGAUGAACAUAGCAUGGAAAAUGAAAAUGAUGAAGGUGAGGCUGCCCAACAAACUGAGGAUUCACCCAAACAGAAACAAAAGCUAGACUCUACACCCAAGACUAAAGUUCCGUCUCGAAAAUCACCUGGAUCAAAAAGGAAAUCAAGUGGCCAGUUUCAAUGUAAAGAAUGUUUGAAAUAUUUCGCAUCAAGCACCAUCCUCAAAAUUCAUAUGAAUAUUCAUACUGGGAAAGUUAUACAGUGUGAACAUUGUUACAAGGAAUUUGCUGAUCCCAGCAAUGCUAGAAGACAUAAGAAAAAACACCACCCAAAUGUAUGGUCAUAACUACAUGGUAUAUGGUUUUUUAGUGGCUGGGUCAAAAUAUUGAUGUCCGUCAAAAAACAUUAUUAUGUAGGUCUUGACCCCCUCCCUUUUCUAACGAAAGUCAAAUUGUUGAUGAAAUUUUGUUUUAUGAAAUUACCACUAAUUAUUUGCUUC